CGGCUCGGCUCCCUCUCCGCUCCGCUGCUGGGGACAGAAGACAGAGGACGCUUCCUGCAGGGGGGGGUCCAGCGACGGAAGAGGCAGUUCUCAACUCCAGACUUCUUUCCUGCAGGAACCUUUUCUGCUGGAUGUCUCCUUCAGAGGGAACGGAGAGGACCAAUAAAACCCGCCGCCGCUCACGCCGCCCCCCGCCUUCCUCUGACACGCCCCCCUCCAGGUGUUUUCUCCGUCUAUGAGGUCGUCCGCCGCCGGCUGUCGGUGGGGUCCGCUCUCAAGUCGUGCCGCAGCCAUGGCCCAACGGAGCGCUGAGCUGUCCCAUUGCUAGGCCACGGGGCGUCUGGAGACAGGCAGGAGACAUGUUGGGACGGAGGCCCGGGGACCACUGCACUGAGUUCUGUUACUAUAGCCACUACUGUAGUAACCAUGGAGACGCUGUGGAGGACUGCGCUGGUCUGCACUGUGGUCAUGGUUGCCAGCGAGGUCGCAGGAGGUCACAAAAAUGAGUUUGGGACGUCACAAGCUGCUUUCCUGUCCAGCCUGGGUCACUAUGAGAUCGCCAUCCCGGUACGUGUAGGACCAAAUGGCGAAAUGCUCGAUGCAGAAAAGACUCCUCAUCACCAAAGAAGACGACGAAGCACUGAAGACAAGCUGCCUGGCUCUCUCUUCUACCAGCUCUCCACAUCUCAAAACAACUUCCUGCUGAACCUGACUCUGCAGGGCGCCCUUUUGUCCCGCCAGUUCAGGGUAGAGUACUGGAAGAGGGGCCGGUUAGCCUGGAGUCACCCGUACUCCCCCCACUGUCACUACACGGGACACCUCCAAGACCAGCCGCACUCCAGCAAAGUGGCCCUGAGCAACUGCAACGGCCUGCAGGGGGUGAUUGUUGCAGGGGGAGAGGAGUACCUGAUUGAACCCCUUGUCUCACCAGAUAACCAAACCAGGACUGAGAGGGAGGAGAGGACCGAGGGGCGCCCCCAUGUGGUCUACAAACGAUCAUCGCUUCGCCAUCAGUACAAGGGCCGCUCCUGCGGGGUCAUCGAUGAGAAGCCGAUGAAAGCGGCGUCGUGGUGGCAGCGGACCCUGAAGACGCCGCCGCAUCACGUCGGCCGGGGUCAGCUGCCCCUGAAGCGCUCGGUGAGCCAGGAGCGUUACGUGGAGACGCUGGUGGUCGCCGACAAGAUGAUGGUGGGCUACCACGGCCGCAGGGACAUCGAGCAGUACAUCCUGGCCGUCAUGAAUAUUGUUGCCAAACUGUUCCAGGAUUCUAGCCUGGGGAACGCAGUCAACAUUGUGGUGACCCGGCUCAUCCUGCUCAUGGAAGACCAGCCGACUUUAGAGAUCAACCACCAUGCAGGGAAGUCUUUAGACAGCUUCUGUAARUGGCAGAAAACCAUCCAGCACCGCAGCAGCUACGGCAACGCCAUACCAGACAAUGGCAUCGCUCACCAUGACACCGCUGUGCUAAUAACUAGGUACGACAUCUGCAUUCAAAAAAACAAGCCCUGUGAAACUUUAGGUCUGGCACCAGUCGGAGGGAUGUGUGAACCAGAGCGGAGCUGCAGCAUCAAUGAGGACAUCGGCCUGGGAACAGCCUUCACCAUCGCCCAUGAGAUCGGACACACGUUUGGGAUGAACCAUGACGGCAUGGGGAACGCUUGUGGAUCCCGCAGCCAGGAGACCGCCAAGCUGAUGGCUGAUCACAUCACCAUGAAGACAAACCCAUUCAUUUGGUCCGCCUGCAGCCGGGAUUACAUCACCAGUUUCCUGGACUCAGGUAUGGGUUCCUGUUUGAACAACGUGCCACCGAAGCAGGAGUUUGUGUAUCCCACGACAGCCCCGGGCCAGACCUACGAUGCUGACGAACAGUGUCAUUUCCAAUACGGCAUCAGAUCUCGGCAGUGUAAAUACGCGGAAGUCUGCAGUGAACUUUGGUGCAUGAGCAAGAGCAACCGCUGCAUCACCACCAGCAUCCCCGCUGCGGAGGGAACCAUCUGUCAGACCAACACCAUAGAGAAAGGGUGGUGCUUUAAGAGAGUCUGUGUUGCUUACGGGACUCGUCCAGAGGGUGUGGACGGAGGCUGGGGUUUGUGGUCACCGUGGGGGGAGUGCAGCAGGACCUGUGGAGGCGGAGUCUCCUCUUCUGUCAGGCACUGUGACAGCCCCAGGCCGACCAUCGGUGGAAAAUACUGUCUGGGGGAAAGGAAGCGCUUCAGGUCCUGUAAUAUUGAUGAGUGCCCUGCUGGCUCCCGGGACUUCCGAGAGAUUCAGUGCUCCGACUUUGAUACCAUUCCUUUCCGGGGAAAGUUUUACACCUGGAAGCCGUACAGAGGAGGAGGGGUGAAGCCGUGCUCUCUGAACUGUCUCGCCGAGGGGUACAACUUCUACACGGAGCGGGCGCCGGCCGUGGUGGACGGCACGCCGUGUCGGGACGAGUCUCUGGACGUGUGCGUGAACGGAGAGUGCAAGCACGUGGGCUGCGACCGUGUUCUCGGCUCGGACGUACGAGAGGAUCGCUGCCGGCUCUGCGGGGGGGAUGGGAGCAGCUGUGUCUCUGUGGAGGGCGUCUUCAAUGACUCGCUGCCUGAAGGAGGUUACGAAGAGGUGGUCAGAAUCCCUAAAGGAUCAGUCUUCAUCCACAUCCAAGAACUCAACAUCUCCCUAAACUACCUUGUGCUGAAGAGUAAAAGCGACCAGUUUUUUAUCAACGGGAAGCUUACCAUCGACACGCCUCGAAGGUUCAACAUUGCCGGCACCACCUUCCACUACAGACGGCCCACUGAUGGGCCAGAAACCCUUGAAGCCCUGGGUCCAACAAAUAUCACCCUUAUUGUCAUGGUGCUGGUGCGAGAGGAAAACCCAGGGAUCCACUUUCGCUUCAACCCACCAGUCAGCCGGGAUCCUCAGAGUGGGUUUGCCUGGCACUACACCUCCUGGUCUCGCUGCUCAUCUCUGUGUGCUGGAGGUGUGCAGAGCCAGCAAGUGGUCUGUAAGAGUCAGGUGGAUCUGACUGUCGUCUACAACCACUUCUGUGACAAGAAGAACAAGCCCAAGGAGAAAAGAAGAUCCUGCAACACUGAGCCUUGCUCCCCCGUCUGGUGGAGCGGAGAGUGGUCGGAGUGCAGCCGCAGCUGUAACGGCGGUCUGCGGACCCGGGAGGUGUUAUGUAAAAGAAGGAUCUCCGUGACRGAGGAGAAAGUCCUGGACGACUCGGCCUGCACCGCUUCUCGCCCGUCCUUCACUGAGCCCUGCAGCAACCACAGCUGCCCCCCUGAAUGGCUGGCUUUGGACUGGUCCGAGUGCACGCCCAGCUGUGGUCCCGGCUACAGGCACCGCGUGGUGCUGUGUCGGAGCGGGGAGAGCGGCGACACUUUGCCAGACUCRAAGUGCUCCAAACAUGGCCGGCCCACUUCCAGGGUGCGCUGUAACCUGCAGCGCUGCCCUCCCCCUCAGUGGGUGAUGGGUCCCUGGGGAGAAUGUUCUGCCAAGUGCGGUCUGGGGCAGGAGAUGCGCUCGGUGCAGUGUCUGUCCCACAACGGCCAGCCGUCCACCGAGUGUCUGGAACAUCAUCGGCCCGCAGCCAUGCAGCAGUGCAAGAGCAAAUGUGACCUCAGUCUGCCCAUCAACACGAACAACCCUGAAGGUCAGAGGUCAAAUUCCCACCCUGAGUGUAAAGAUGUGAAGACUGUGGCCUACUGCCCCCUAGUGCUCAAGUUCAAGUUCUGCAACCGGCUAUAUUUCAGACAAAUGUGCUGCAAGACGUGCCAGGGACACUGACGCCGUGAAACUCACAGCUUCCACGCCCGGGUCACAACCACAGGAAGCCCCCGGGACCCUCACACCGAGCCUCUKUCAGACCAGUUUGGGACCUUACGCUUACGGUGACGCCGUUCUGUAACCGGACCAGAGGGAUGCUUUUUUUUUAAAUCCCUCCAUGAAGGAUCCAGGUCUGAAAKCUCCAGGCGCACGCAGCUUGGUCUGAGUUUAAAACAUUCACUGGAGGAGGAGUUUCUGAAGCGUGGCGAGGCACAGAGGAGGAGGGAGUGACUUUCCUCUGUCGUCUGUCAGGACGAACCUUUUCUCUCUCUUCUCUCUAAAGCCUUCACUCUGUUAUAUUUUGGUGCUAUGAUGUGUCACUUUGGCCACAAGAGUCGUACGUUAAGCUCCGCUUAAAGUGGCCUAAAGUUUUAUCUCUGAUCUCUAUGUUAGCAGGUAAUAAUUGUUCUGCUCUAAAUGUUUCACUUUUAAAUGGAGAWAUAGUUUAUUUGUCCACGAAAAGAAUAGGUUGUAAAAUGAAACGUGCUUCCUUAUAGUGUUUUCUUCAUUACACUGUUUUGUGUUCUUUCCUCUGUCGCAUAUCGUUGAAUUCAUCGAGUCUUUAUUCGGUCGAACGAGCAGAAGUUAUUUUGCACAAUCAGAAAACUUGUUUUGUUUUUAAGUUAAGGGGUUUGUUUUGUUCUCUUCAUGAACAACUGAUCAGUGGCGUCGCCGUGUUCUUGCCAUCUUUAGACGGUUUCAGGUCAUCACCUCUGCAGCAUCAUGACAAGAGACUUUUAAUAGUAGGACAAUAUUAUGUCAGGUUAUUUUUGCAUUCCAGGCGGUGUGCGGUUGCAGACUGUUGCAGCUUAAGGUUUUUGAAAAUAACUUGGUGUGUUCAUCUGAAGAUCUCUCUGGACUUCCCGGUUGUUUUUUUUUUUUUUUAAUCAAAUGUUCAAAGGUGCAAAUAUCGCUGCUUUUGAGUAGAAAUCCAGAGCUCAGAGAGUCAGUUCUACCAGAAAAACACACAUUUUGGGAGAUUUUUUAACACUAGGUUUAUUUCAACAGAUGUAUUCUUGGUUCUUUUAGACCUCUGUAAGACAAAAUCCACUAUAAACUUUUCCAAAAUUAUACCUAAUUUUAAACAUACAGGUAAUAAUAUCGACAUAAACCUUUUUAUCUGUUCAUGUGUGAAUGCAACAGGGUCAACUCUUUUUGUUUUAUGUACARAAGGCAAAUAUCAAGUAAAUAUGGGAAUUUGUGUCUAAAAAUCAAUGAAUUUUGCUCUUUUGGUUAAAGACUUCUUCAUAUUUUUAAUGAGCGUUAGACGUAAAAUGUUGCGCAAAUAAUUACAGCUACCUCUAAAGUUUAAACAGUUUUUUUUCCCAAGCACUCAGACUUCUUAUCUAUUGGUUUGGUCAACUUUUAUUUUUUGAUUUUUCCCUGAAGUUUUAUUUAAAGCUUUCCCAGUUUAUGUACAAUAGUAGCUGACAUCAACAAAAUAUUGUGCUUAAAAAAGAGGAAAAUUGACGAAAAAAAAAACUUUCAGGUCUAAAAAAUAUAUAUAUUUACAGCUGAAAGGCAUGUUUUAAAAAAAUUAAGGCCAUCAGCAAUGUAUUUAUGUAUGCAGUAUACCAUAUUUUUCCAACUAAUGAUAAAUUGAGAAUCACUUUUUUGACACUAAAAUAGUAUUUAUCAUGGAUUCAGCUAAAGAACUGAAGCAAAAUUAAUUUGACAGACUGAAAAAAACAAAAAGAAGUCUUAAAACGAUCAAGUAAACUUAAAAUAAGUGAAAAGAUUUAAAAAUAUAUACUGGAAGACCUUCGGAAAGCCUGAAAACAUAUUCAAAUAACUAUAAACAAAACCUAAAGAAACGAGCCAURAUUUAAGACUUUUGCACACUAAUACAGUCGUUACAAAACACUCAGACACUGCUGAGUUCACCGAGCCAUGAACUCUGAUGUAAACGUUGACAUAUUUUCCCUUUUUUUUAAAAAAAUAUGAAUUCACAUUCUUUCAUUUUAAACACAGGAAGGUAAAAAGAACCAUCCGCCCGUCACCGGCAUGUAUUUGGGAAAGAUCUCGUCUGACCCGGUUUUGUGUGACCCAGAUCYCACCGAGCAGUUCUGUCUGGACACUUUUCGUUCUUUAUUUCCGCCAUUUGUCCAUCCGACAGAAAAUGAAUUUAGAUACGCUGCCUAAGUGGUUUUACAGAUCGGUCAUGGUCUCCUGCAGCUCACGUGUCGAACUCUUAACAGUUUCAUUGUCAGGAGAGGAAGGGAGUGUUUGUCUCUGCGGGGAUUAGCUGCAAUGUUUUUGUUAAUGGUGCUUUUGGUGUUGAAUGGUGCUAUUUAACUGCUUUCAGUAAGCAGUUACAUAAAUGUUCAAAUCUAUUAUUUAAAAGCCAGUUUUGAGUAUUUUGUUGUGCAGCCUUUUUGUGUUCAUCCUUUAAUAGUUUAACACUCAUUUUUUUUAUUUUGUGAUAAACAUUUUCCCUAAAAAUCCACAAAUUUUGUUUAUUUCUUUUGUUUGUUUUUUUCAUGUGGAAACAAUGUUGGGGGAUUGUGCUUGCCUACAUUUGAGGUGGAGAAAAAUCUGUGUAAAAUCUCAAAUACAUUAGUGUCUAAUAAUCCACGUGGAGCCCAGAAACGAGUCUUAUUUAUAGUUUUAUAUUCAGUUUAUCUUUGUAUAAUUAGGCUGAUAACCAGGAUUCACACUGAGCAGUGAAUCUGUUUUCAUCUGUGUAAAAAAAAAAAGAAAAGAAAAGAGGAAUUGUUACCGUUAUUGUGUUUUAUCACAUGCUAAUUAUACAUGUACUGUAUAUUGUUUAAUAAUAUAGGAAAUAAGUCCGUUUGUUCCCCUUGUGCAUCGUUUUUAAAAAUAAAUAUUAAAUUGUUAAAAACCAGGUUGA